AUGGGGCAAAUCCGCCCCGAAACGGGGCCCCCCCGCUGGCCCGGUUCCACCGGCGGAGGGGGAAACCGGGACCCCCGAGCGCCCCGAGCCCUUCGGACCCCCCCCCCCCCCCCCCGGGGGGCCCAGGGAAGCUUUUGGGGCGAUUUCGGGGGAUUUUGGCUCCGCUCCGCGCACAUUGUCGGCGGCUGCCGAGGCCUGGAAGCCAUUAGGGCUCCCCCCCGUCCGGGGCCCCGCCGGAGCGGGCGGGGGGGCCCGGGGGCCCCGCGAGGAGCGGCCCCGCCGCGCUCAGCACCCCCGGUAACCGCGGGGCGCUCCCGGUGCCCCCCGGCCCCGCCCGGUGAUCGUGAGGGGGGGACCCGUCGCUUUGACGUCACUUUCGGCGCGCGUCCAAGAUGGCGGCGCCCUUGCGGCGGGCGCUGCUGGCGCUGGGCCCGGCCCGGUCGCGGCUCCGAGCCGGUUCCGGUCCCGGUGCGGCCUUACCGGGCGGAUCCGCUCCGCCGCCGCCCGGGCCCGGCCCCCGCAGACCCGGAGGACCUGCGGGCGGCCGCGCGGCGGUUCGGGCGGCUCGGGGAGGCCUCGGGGGUGCCGGUGUGGCGGCUCUGGCCCAGCCCGGAGCAGCUGCGGGAGGCGGAGGCGGAGGAGCGAGAGUGGGAUCCGCCGCUCCGGGAGGUGGAGGCCGUGCUGGAGCAGCGGGAGAGGGAGGAGGCGCGGCGGAGAAAGGAGAGGGCGGAGCUGGUGUCCCGCAGCCUGGCCGCCAUGCCCCGUGUCGCCGCCUGGCGCCGGGACCGCGAGGCCGCCCGGGAGCGGGCGCGGGCGGAGGCGGCGCGGCGGCAGCGGCUGCUGGCCGAGGCGGGGCUGGGGGCGCUGCCGCGGCCCGGGACCCCCGCCCGGGGCUCGGCCCGAGCGCAGGAGCUGCUGGAGGACCUGGAGAAGCAGCGGCGGCGGGAGGAGAAGAAGCGGCGGCGGCAGGAGCGGGAGGAGGCGGCGCGGAGCGCCCUGGCGGCGGCCGAGGCGGCGGCGGCGGCACGGCCGCUCCCCGGGACCGGCCCCGAGAGCGGCGAGAGCGCCCCCAGACCCACCGGGGGCUCCUCCUGAUUCCUCCAGACCUACGGAGGGCACCC